UAGACCUAAUCCUAAUCCAAUUUCGCACACAGGAUAAGGGAAAACCGAGAAAACAAGCUCAAAACACAGCUGAAACUGGAACUGGAGUCCCAAGCCAAGCUUUAGCUUUGUGCUUCAAAUGGCCGUUGCAGUCUCCAGUUGCUGCUUCUCCGUUCUCACAUCCACCGUUAAAUUCCGUUCCUCUCUUGCUUCCCAACGCCCCACUUCUCAGGGUUCCAUUGCCUCUAUCUGUCCCAAAGCUUCCGAUCACAGGCUCAGGACUUCAAAUCCUAAAAGAAGCCCCUCAUCGUCAUCUUUUUCCCACAAGUCCAUCAGAGAGAAACAAGCUGUUCCCCAGAAGAACAUUCCAGGAAGAUCAAACGAUGGCAAGAAUUAUUCGUCCGCCGAUGAAAAUAGUGGAAGAGGGGAUAGGGGACGUGUUCAAUCAACAUCUUUUAAAUCGUUUGGCACGCAAAGAAAAGGCAACAAGGACUUCCUGUUUGAUAUGAAGGAGCAGCUGGUUGAACCAGAGAAUUUUCAAGAUACAGCUUUUCUUAACGCUGUUGUGAAGGUUUACUGCACCCAUACUGCACCAGAUUAUUCCCUUCCUUGGCAAAAACAAAGACAAUAUACAAGCACUGGAAGUGCUUUUAUGAUUGGGGAUGGAAAACUUUUGACGAAUGCACAUUGUGUUGAGCAUGAUACACAGGUUAAAGUUAAGAGAAGGGGAGAUGAUACAAAAUAUGUGGCUAAGGUUUUAGCUCGGGGUGUUGAUUGCGAUAUAGCUUUGCUUUCAGUGGAAAGCAAGGAAUUUUGGGAAGGAGCAGAAUCCCUUGAUUUUGGGCGCCUGCCAUCUCUUCAGGAUGCAGUGACAGUUGUAGGAUACCCCCUUGGAGGAGACACCAUAUCAGUGACAAAAGGAGUUGUAUCACGUAUAGAGGUUACGUCAUAUGCUCAUGGGUCAUCUGAUUUGUUGGGAAUUCAGAUUGAUGCGGCAAUAAAUCCUGGUAAUAGUGGUGGCCCUGCAUUCAAUGACCAGGGGGAGUGCAUUGGAGUAGCAUUUCAGGUUUACAGAUCUGAAGAGGCUGAGAAUAUUGGAUAUGUGAUUCCAACUACAGUUGUUUCUCAUUUUCUCGAGGACUAUGAAAGGAAUGGGAAAUACACUGGUUUCCCUAGCCUUGGCGUGUUGUUGCAGAAGUUAGAGAAUCCAGCCCUACGUGCGUGCUUAAAAGUACAGUCUAAUGAGGGUGUACUUGUACGGAGAGUUGAACCCACUACUGAUGCAAAUAAGGUCUUAAAGGAGGGGGAUGUCAUUGUAAGCUUUGAUGAUGUUCGUGUAGGAUGUGAAGGAACAGUGCCAUUCCGAUCAAAUGAACGCAUUGCAUUUCGCUACCUAAUCAGUCAAAAAUUUGCUGGUGAUGUAGCAGAACUUGGUAUAAUUAGAGCAGGAAAGUCCAUGAAAGUUCAAGCGGUUUUGAAUCCACGAGUGCAUUUGGUUCCCUAUCAUAUUGAUGGAGAUCAGCCUUCUUAUAUAAUAAUUGCUGGUUUGGUGUUUACCCCACUCUCGGAACCACUGAUAGAUGAAGAGUGUGAAGACUCUAUAGGGUUGAAACUACUGGUAAAGGCACGUUAUUCGUUGGCAAGGUUCAAAGGGGAACAGAUUGUGAUCUUAUCACAGGUCUUAGCAAAUGAAGCAAACAUUGGAUACGAGGAUAUGGGCAAUCAGCAAGUUUUGAAAUUCAAUGGAACUCGAAUAAAGAACAUCCAUCACUUGGCACACCUUAUCGAUUCAUGCAAGGAUCAGUAUUUAGUUUUUGAAUUUGAAGACAACUACAUUGCUGUUUUGGAGAGAGAAGCAGCAGUAGCUGCUUCAUCCUGCAUUCUCAAAGAUUAUGGAAUUCCUUCAGAAAGAUCUUCUGAUCUGUUGGAACCAUAUUUAGAUUUAGGGGGAUACAACCAAGCAGAUCAAGAUUUUGGCGAGAGUCCAGUUUCAAAUUUGGAAAUUGGCAUAGAUGGACUCCUCUGGACAUAAUUACCUUAUGUUUAGAGGUCGAUCUCAAUUUUCUCGUAGCAGCCAAACUUGGGAAGCGUAGGCCAACAAAUUGGUUACUCCGAGGAUGUGCUCAUUUUUCUUGCUGUAACAUUUUGAGGUAUUUCUCGUGUCGUUUGUUCUCGACAGUUGCUUUUUUUCCUUUCCCCGUGCGGGCGGUGGGGGGGGAUAACAGUUUUGAUUGUAACAAUUUUUUCCGCUAUUAUUUCAAUUAGGUAGAUCAUGAUUUAUGUAGAAGUUAUUUCCAUUGGCCCUGAAAGCAGGGAUGUAAUGAUUUCAAUAAUGACAUUGUUAAUUAAGGCAUUACGAGUAAGUUUUCA